AUGUCGUCGACUGUGGAAUCUUCUUCAGCAACUUCGUCGUCUGUCCCUUUUUCCGUGCGUAUUCGUGUAGAUAUCAAACCACCAGAAGACUAUCCCGUGAUAUUCUCGUAUCAGGAAUUGCUUAAACGCCAACAACGAGCCAAACCACCUCCACAGGCACUGUCCAUCGCAUUACCCACCAAUCCCGUAUCCGAAGAAGACAAGUUCUAUCAAGGAUUGCUGGAACGCGCAGCCAAAUAUGAUCUGGAAGACACAGAAGACGUCGAUCAAUCCGAUGACGAACCGGCUCAAAAUUCCAAGCGAGGUCUGGUAGUCGAUGAAUACGACUAUGAAGAUCCAUUCAUCGACGACAGUGACAUGCUACUGGAUGAGCCCUACGAUUAUCAUGUCCCUGAACACGACGGCUACUUUGUCUAUCACGGUCCACUCGAUGGCCACGACACUGCACGAGAGCGCAGUAAAACAGAUAAAAGAAAAGUCAGUAAAUCCAAACCCAAAUCAUCCACCACCACCACCAAGAAGGAAACCUCACACACGGGAACUUCCGAGGAUCAGAAAAAACCCACCAAAGUCGCUUCCACCAAAUUGAAAAAGACAGCAUCCAGUGGAGCUCAAGCAACCAAAGUAGAGGCCUCUUCAUCAGCGUUAUCAUCCAAAGCGGCGACCAAGAAGCCCGUCGAUUCAACCGAAGGAGGCGGACCCGAGAAAAAGAAUAAACCAGCGGUCAAAGACAAGAAACCAUCCGCUUCCACAUCCACCUCCAUCACUACCGUCAGCAGUCAGGAAAGUGCGCCCACUCCUACUUCGACAUCAACCUCCACCACGGCUAAAAAGAAGGGCACUUCCACCACCGAAUUGAAACCGCUGGAUCCGGACAUGGAACUACUGGUUGAAAAAUUACGGCAAGAUUCUGCCAAAGAGAGUUUUGCCAACAAGGCGAAAUUUCCUGUCAGUCUGCGGCCGACCAUGCUUGAUAUUGGUACUUUGAUGUUUCGACAGAAUCAUAAGCUGGACGAUAAUUUAGUGAGCCAUCUCAUGACAAUUUUACCCUACAAUCGAUUUACUCUCAAGAAAUACCUUAUGACCAAAGCCGGUCCGCUGCGUGUAAAAGAACUCCAAACAAAAAUUGACGAAUUAUCCGUCAACCUGAAAUCCAUUGUGGAUAAAAUGAUGCCCGAACAGCAGCGACAGCAUGAUGAAAAAGUGUCGGCCGUGCAGCAGCAGAAAUCUCAAUCCACAGACCAAUCCAGUCAAACUGCGAAUUCCGCUGCUCCGGAUCCAGCCCCUUCCACCGAAGAAGAUCCAGUCCUAGCCACCAAGUUUAGAUGCAACGAUGAAGUUCGAAGGAUCAUCUACGAAAUCAUGAAACUCGACAGCAUAUUAACGAUUUUGAAGAAUGAAAUUGCCGGGCUGACGAAUAAAAAUGAAAACGUGAUGGCGGAAGGUAAAGCAAGAAAGCAAAUGUAUCAAAAGCUGUUGUCAUGUUGGCCCGAGGGAUGGAUGACAACGUAUGAAAUCAGUCGGCAGUACAGUCAGUAUAAAUUAAAGAUGGAUAAAAAUCGCAAUGAUGAUGUGAAGCAAACAUCCGCCACUAACGCUGCCAGCAACAAAAAAACCGGUAUCAAACGACCGGCGGUCUCGACAGGCGGAAGUGCUGGGGCAGAGGAUGUGAAGAAACGUAAAAAGUUGUCUCCGCAACCUCCUAGUUCACGACCACUUCCGGACAAGUCAGAGAGUAACAAUCCCACACUAUCUUCGACGACGUUGGCCCCCGAAAAGGACAGCUUACCCAAACAGCCAUCUUCGACAGCGGAAACAUCUGCGUACUUUCACCCAUCUUCUACUGACACCCCCACUGCGCCUGAAACCCCCAGUCAUGAUCAUUCCCUUUCCUAUUCGUCAUCGUCUCCAUCGGGACAUCCUUGGCAAAAGUCUCCAUCCAUGAAAAUCGAAUCAUUGAUCAGUGGUCCCAACCCUCCAUCCUGA